AUGAAAAAUACAAACGAAGCCACCUUCUUACCUCACCAAGUUGCCACUUCAAUACCCUUGUCAUCAGACAAGUUGCCCGAAAUUUUGGACCAAUUAUCUAUGAAACCAGAAUCAGUACAAGCUGAGACAAUCAAGAAUACUAUUAUAGAUUGUGAGAGACCUGGAAUUAAAGGAGAGGAAAAGUAUUGUGCAACCUCAUUAGAAUCCAUGAUUGAUUUCAGCACCUCAAAGCUGGGGAAUAAGGGUGUUAAGGCAGUUUCCACAGAGGUAGAAAACAAGUCCCAGACGCUGUACAGAAUGGCAGCUGGUGUGGAGAAGAUGGGAGGUGACGUUUCUGUGGUGUGCCAUAAAAUGGUGUAUGCAUAUGCAGUGUUUUACUGUCACAAGAUCGCUGCCACAAGGGCUUAUAUGGUUCCCCUGGUGGGCAGGGAUGGGACAAAAGCGAAAGCAGUUGCAUUGUGUCACACAAAUACAAAGGAAUGGAACCCCAAGCAUUUGGCCUUUCAACUGCUCAAAGUCAAGCCAGGAGUUCCCAUCUGCCAUUUCCUUACUCAGGAUUAGAUCAUCUGGGUGGUUUCAAAAUAGAAAUGCAGGGGCAAUAAAUAAAUAAAGAAAAUAAUCCAUCUUUAGUACCUCGAUCGGUAAUGUAAUGAACUUAUGAGUUAUGAGUUGUUUGCUGCCACGCUCGCCCUAAUGUAUUAUGUUUGUAUGUAACUAUGUAUGCGUGUGGGAUAUUGUAUAUAUGAUCUGGUGUGCUUUGGAACAAGGGACAUGCAUGGAGCCCAGUGUUUAUAAAAUAAUUAAUCAAGUUGGAUGGAAUCCUUUAUC